AUGUCGACGACAACCUCCUCCCCCUCCGCCCCGCGGUUAAACAUCAACAACAUCAACCCCCACGUCGUCAAGGCCCAGUACGCCGUGAGGGGCGAGCUCGCCGUCAAGUCCGAGCUCUACCGCGCCAAAAUCGCCUCUGGCGACGCCGCCGACCUCCCCUUUAAGGAGGUUAUCUCCGCCAACAUCGGCAACCCCCAGCAGCUCGACCAGAAGCCCAUCACCUUCUUCCGCCAGGUCGCCAGCUUGCUCGAGAACCCCAAGCUCCUCGAGCACCCGGACGUGCUUGUCGAUACCCUCGGCUACAAGACCGACGUCAUUGAGCGCGCCAAGUGGCUUUUGAGCCAGUGCCAGUCUGUUGGUGCUUAUAGCGCCAGUGCUGGUGUUCCUGCGAUAAAGAAGAGCGUUGCUGAUUUCCUUGAGAGGCGAGAUGGCUUCCCCGCCGACCCGGCUCACAUCUAUCUCUCGGCCGGUGCCUCGGCCGGUGUAAACACCCUCCUCCACAUCAUCUGCGCCGACCAGAACAGCGGCGUCCUCGUCCCCAUCCCCCAGUACCCCCUCUACACCGCCUCCUUGGCCGUCCUCAACGCCGUCUGCGUCCCUUACAACCUCGACGAGUCCAAGGCAUGGGGCACCGACCUCGAGACCAUCAAGGCGUCCUACGCCAAGGCCAAGGCCGAGGGCGUCGACACCCGCGCCAUCGUCAUCAUCAACCCCGGUAACCCCACGGGCGCCUCCCUCUCCGAGGCCGACAUCCGCUCCGUCAUCGACUUCGCCCGUCAGGAGAACCUCGUCCUUAUCGCCGACGAGGUCUACCAGACCAACGUCUUCGUCGGUGAAUUCCACUCCUUCAAGGCCGUCCUCCGCCGCAUGCAGCAGGAGCAGCCGGGCGUCUACGAUCACCUCGAGCUCGCCUCCCUGCACUCCAUCUCCAAGGGUAUGGUAGGCGAGUGCGGCCACCGCGGCGGCUACUUCGAGCUCGUGGGUUUCGACCCUAAGGUCGAGGCCGAGAUCUACAAAUUCGUCUCCAUCACCCUCUGCGCCCCCGUCCUCGGCCAGUGCCUCGUCGAGGUCAUGGUCAACCCCCCCAAGCAAGGCGACCCCUCCUUCGAGCUCUACGACAAGGAGUACAACGCCAUCUUCAACGGCCUCAAGGAGCGCGCCUACGCCCUCCACGCCGCCUUCUCCCAGAUGGAGGGCGUCGAGUGCGGUGAGCCCCAGGGCUCCAUGUACAUCUUCCCCACUAUCAAGUUGCCCGCCAAGGCUGCCGAGGCUGCUGCCGCCGAGGGCCGUACGCCCGAUGAGUUUUAUUGUAUGAGGUUGCUCGAGGCCACGGGUAUUUGCGUCGUGCCUGGCUCUGGCUUCGGUCAGAAGGAGGGGACUCUCCACUUCAGGACGACCUUCUUGGCUCCUGGUACUGAGUGGGUUGGUAGCAUUGUUAAGUUCCACAAGGAGUUCAUGGAUAAGUAUCGAUGA